AUGACCGGGCCUCAUUCUCCCAGUCGCGACAACAGCAAUGAGUCCAGCGACACGGGCACUAUUACAGACAACCAUGCCUUGGCUCGCACGCAGACGUUCACGGAUGCGCAAUUUGAUGAAUUGCGGCAGACCCUAUCAAAGCGCACGACUGCCGGUGAUCCUCUCGACCUGGAACACAAUUUCUCGCUCGAGCGUUAUGUGCGUUCUAUGAUGCAGCAGUCUGAGAAGGAAGGCCGAAAGGGCCGCUCAGCUGGUGUGGCUUUCAAAGAUGUCUCGACGUACGGCAAAGGCGCUGAUAUCAGCUACCAGCAGACCAUUUUUGAUCCGAUUCUGUCGCUUGUUCGUUUCAAGGAGACGCUUGCAUCUUUUAGGCACACCCCCACCAAGAAGAUCAUCUCGAAUUUCAAUGGUCUUGUGCGCGAGGGAGAGAUGCUCCUCGUGCUCGGCAAGCCCGGUGCUGGUUGUUCCACUCUACUCAAGACGCUUGCAGGUGAACACGGUGGCUACACGAAGAUCGAGGGAGACAUCCACUUCAAUGGCGUGGACCUUGAGCGCAUGCAACGAGAGUACAAGGCAGAAGUGGUGUAUAACGGCGAGAUGGACAUCCACUUCCCUCACUUGACUGUUGCUCAAACACUUGAGUUUGCGGCAGAGACGCGUGCACCCCGAAAUCGUCUUCACGGCUGGUCUCGCAAGGAGUACAUUAAAAACAUGCGCGACGUGCUUGCCACAACUUUUGGCCUCAAGCACACAUAUAACACCCGUGUCGGCAAUGACUACGUUCGCGGUGUUUCUGGUGGUGAGCGUAAGCGUGUCUCAAUUGCAGAGACCUUGUCCAGUCGUGCCAUUGUGCAAAUGUGGGAUAACAGUACGCGUGGUCUGGAUGCCUCGACAGCCCUCGAAUAUGCCAAGGCUCUGCGUGUCAUGACCAACUUGGUCAAGUCUACCUGCAUUGUCUGCAUUUAUCAAGCUGGUGAACACUUGUACGAAGUCUUUGACAAGGUUACCGUCGUCUACGCAGGCAGGCAAAUCUACUUUGGCCCCGCCGAGUCUGCCAAGCAAUAUUUUGUCGACAUGGGUUUCGAAUGCCCUCAGCGACAAACGACUGCCGACUUCUUGACUGCCGUGACCGACCCCAAGGCUCGUUUUGCUCGUAAUGGCUAUGCCAAGAAAGUGCCUCGCACGCCAGAAGAAUUUGAGGAACGUUGGACCAAAUCAGAAGAGUACAAGGAUCUCUUGCGCGAAAUGGACACCUACGACAAGACUUUCAAGAACUCGGAUGCCGUUGCCCCAAUCCAGAACUCUGUUGCUGACGAAAAGGCCAAACACGUUCGCAAGAAGUCGCCUUACACCAUCACCUACCCAAUGCAACUCAAGCUCUGUGCCAAGCGCUCUUACCAGCGUAUGUUGGGAGAUCCCGCCUACAUCGGUGCCAACAUUUUUUCGUCCAUCUUCCAAGCCUUGAUUGUCGGGUCCGUCUUUUACAAUACGCCUCAAGACACCAGUGGCUACUUCUCUCGCGGAGGUGUCAUCUUCUUUGCUAUCCUCGUCAAUGCGCUCUCAGCCAUGGCUGAGAUCUCGUCACUCUAUGAACAACGCCCCAUCAUUGCUCGUCACAAGUCCUUUGCCAUGUACCAUCCAUCUGCGGAUGCCUUGUCACAACUCUUGGCAGACAUUCCAAUCAAAUUGGUCGUGGUCACUGCCUUCGAUCUGAUCCUCUACUUUAUGACGAACCUCUCGCGCACUCCUGGGCAGUUCUUCAUCUUCUAUCUGUUCACUUUUCUGGUCACCAUGUGUAUGACGUCUUUUUUCAGGAUGUUGGCUGCCAUCACGAAGACUGUCGACCAAGCGACGACUCUAGGCGGUCUCGGCGUUCUGGCACUCGUCAUUUACACUGGAUAUCUCAUUCCUCUCGAGCAGACUGGCUGGUGGUUCCGCUGGAUCAAGUAUAUUAAUCCCAUCUCGUAUGGGUUCGAAGCCUUGAUGGUCAAUGAAUUCAAGCUCUACGACAAUACUCCUUGUGCACAGUUGGUCCCAUCUGGUCCGGGCUAUAGUGCGGCGGCAAAUCAGGCUUGCGCGGUCACUGGAGCACAACCCAAUUCCAUCACGGUGAAUGGUCUCAAUUAUCUCUCUGUGACCUAUGGCUACGAGCUCUCCAAUCUCUGGCGCAAUCUGGGUAUCGUUAUUGCAUUUUGGAUCGGUUUCUUGGCCAUCAAUGUCAUCGCUACUGAGUUCAUUGCUCCAGUCGCUGAGGGUGGUGAUGUUGUGCUCUUCAAACGUGGUGGAGCACCUAAGCACCUUGCAGCAGCUGCGGCAGGCAAGGAUGUGAGCGGGGACCUUGAGAAGCAGAAUGAGCCUGUUUUGGAGCACAAUCCUGCGGAUGAUAUUCAGGAAUCAUCCGAAGAAGUUUCAGAUGUGAUUGCAAAAUCGGAAGACAUUUUCACCUGGCAAAACCUCGACUAUGUCAUUCAGAUCAAGGGCGAGUCACGCAAGUUACUCAACAAUGUGCAGGGCUACGUCAAGCCAAAAUCCCUGACUUGUCUUAUGGGAGAGUCGGGUGCAGGCAAAACCACGUUGCUCAAUGUUUUGGCUCAGCGCGUCGAUACUGGCGUGGUCACGGGCGACAUGCUCGUUUCUGGUCAGCCACUCGGACACAGCUUCCAGCGUAACACUGGUUAUGUCCAGCAACAAGAUAUUCACAUGGCUGAGAUGACUGUUCGCGAAUCUCUCCGUUUCUCUGCAGUGCUGCGUCAACCCAAGACUGUCACUCGCAAGGAGAAGUACGAAUAUGUUGAGGAGGUCAUCAAGCUGCUUGAGAUGGAACAGUACGCUGAGGCUGUUGUCGGUACUGCCGGUAAAGGUCUCAACGUGGAGCAGCGCAAGCGAUUGACAAUUGGUGUUGAACUCGCCGCAAAGCCUAAGCUACUUCUCUUCUUGGACGAACCCACCUCUGGUCUCGAUUCGCAAUCCGCCUGGUCUAUUGUGCUUCUUCUGCGCAAGCUCGCCAACGCUGGUCAAGCUAUCCUCUGCACCAUCCAUCAGCCGUCUGCUAUUCUCUUUGAGCAGUUUGACCGUCUUUUGCUUUUGCAAAAAGGUGGUCGUACUGCUUACUUUGGCGACAUUGGCAAGAGCUCCAAGACCCUCUGUGACUACUUUGAAAGACAAGGCGGUGGCAAGUGCGGCAAGAAUGACAAUCCGGCUGAGUAUAUUCUCGAUGCUAUUGGUGCUGGUGCGACUGCUUCCUCUGACAAGAACUGGUUUGAAAUGUGGACUGAAUCUGAGGAAUGCAAAAAAGUGACCAAGGACAUUCAAGAGAUGACGACCAAGAUGCGCAGCGAGCACAAGAACGAUGAGAUUGAGAAAGGCGCAGGCAAUACCUAUGCUAUGGGCUACGCGACACAAUUUUGGGAAGUCACCAAGCGUCUCUUCAUCUCCGACAUGCGCGCUCCCGUCUACGUUGGCGCAAAGAUGGCUCUCAAUGUCGUUGCAGGUCUCUUCGUCUCUUUUACAUUCUACAAAGCCGACAACUCUGCUCAAGGUCUUCAGAACAAGCUCUUCGCAGUGUUUAUGGCUGUGGUCCUGUCCACGUCGCUGAUGAACCAAAUUCAGCCUCGCUUCGUCUCUGCCCGUAAUCUGUUUGAAGUGCGCGAGAUGCCUUCCAAGAUUUACAGUUGGCCUGCAUUCAUGUUUGCCCAAAUUGUCUGCGAGAUCCCACUCAAUGCUGUUUGCGGAACGCUCUUCUUUCUGCCCUGGUAUUUUGCCGUCAACUUCCCCAGCGGUUUUGUCGGCUCGGCGCUCAAGGCUUCUCGCGGUGCCUAUGCUUGGGGUAUCCUCAUGAUGUUUGAACUUUGGCUCAGCACCUUUGCCCAAUUGGCCGCAUCAUUCGUGCCCAAUGAACAAACCGCCGCCAUCGUCUCAACACUGCUGUUCACCUUUGUGAUCAUCUUCAACGGCGUGCUUCAACCUCCUGCUGCUCUCCCAUCAUUCUGGCAAUUUGCUUAUCGAGUCAGUCCUUUCACCUACCUCAUCGAAGGUCUCUUCACUGAUGUCGUCAGCGGUGUGCCCGUCGAAUGCAAGGCAUACGAGCUCACACAGUUCACAGCGCCUGCUGGCCAAACUUGCCAGGACUACAUGCAACCCUUCUUUGCGAACGGUGGACUUGGUCAACUUGUCAGCUCAGCGACGGAUGGUGUUUGCCAGUACUGUCGCUACACUGUCUCUGAUGACUUCUUCUUGGGCGUCAACAUGAAGUUUUCACACCGUCAACGCGACAUUGCGCUCGUUUUUGCCUAUGCUGUGUUCAAUGCUUGUGCUGCCUUUUUACUCUUCUGGUUGUUCCGAAUUAACAAGUUCAGAUUCUUGAAGAAGAGCGACAAGAAGAAGGUGGCCAAGGCGAAGCAAGCCAAGACUGAAGCUGGCGAUCGUGAGGCUGCAAAAUCAGACACUGGUCGCGCUGCAGAGAAGGUGGGUGAUAUUGGACGAGAUGUGAUGGGUGAGGCGCACCCUCAAGGUGAGAUGCGACCUGUUGCCAACUAG